AAAGCUAAAGACUUUGUUUUAUUUUUUUGCUGCUACAUUCUGCAGAGAGACGCAAAAAGAAAUAAAAGGGAAAUUCCCUUUUUUGCUAGGGUUCCAGGUUUAGCCUUGGAACCCCGCCGCCGUCACGCCUUCCCCUGCCCGGUGGCCGGAGCCAUGCGAGGGUGUCUCCCACCAGCGCGUUGGAGCGCGCUCAGAGACCAAGGCUCUGAAACGGGGAAACGAGGAGAAAACGGAAGGCCUUUGUCCCUUCCUUAACCAGCGUUCGGCGACGGCGAAGAGCCGAUGACGACGCCGGAUUCAGGGGCCGAUUCAGGACCUGAUGAAGUCAACGGAGACGGAAAGCUUCCAUUUUGGUGCAAGGCGCAGCUGGCGGUGGCAGACCUCGGGCGACGAGUGCGCUGGAGGCACAUGGGUAGCAAGAUGCGGCGCACUAGGGUUUCUAGGUUUCUGAUUUUUGCUGAAAUUGUUUUAAUUUUGGGCCAUCUGGGCCUUGUUAUUUUUCGGGUUUGGAAUUUGGGUUGUAAUUUUGGGCCUGGGCAUAAAUUGGGUCUUACAAAGUACAAAUGCUUUAUUUGGAAGAAUAAAGUUAUACAUUUUAAAUUCGAUUAUUGUUUUUCAUUACUAAGGGUGGGUUUGGAUGGGCGGUGUGUUUGCUUGCGGUUAGUGUAAAAACAGUAGUGGCGGUGAGAUUAGAUACUGUAGCGAAAUUGUAGCCUGAAACAAAAAGUAAGCUAAACACAUCGCACCGCACUCAAUCGCUCAUCCAAACCCACCAUAAAUCUUUGAAAACGUUGUUUGUAUCAAAAU